UUUUUGAAGCUUUUGUCGCAACCGUCGCCGCAGCCGUCGCCGCCGUCUCUCACCGUGACACUCGCAGCAGACGACGCUGUAACGCCGGGGGGUGCGGUAGCAGCGCAAGUACGCGUGAGUAAGUCGUAAGUCAUCCCCCAGUGUUCCAAUAUACUGUAAAUGCAUUUAAAAUAUAUAAAGAAUGCAGUAUAAUGCCUUUGUUUACUGUCGCUAAUGUCCUUGUCACGCUGUAACCCUGACAACAACAGCGAGCUUUUACUGAUCACAUGGGCCUCAGCUCAUCAGUCUUGGAGCUGCUGUCCACGUGAACAGUCAGUCGACGGGAGUUUUUUUAACGUUAAUUUACCGCCAUUACUAAAUACUCGAGCAGUAGUUAAAAAAAUAUAUUGAUUAGAUAUUCUUAUUUUAACAAUCCAUCCAUCCAAUUUCAAUAGCCGAUUUUUUUACUGAGUAGGGGUCGCGCAGCCUAUCCACUCCAGGAAGCACUGGGCGCGAGGCUGAGGGGGGCUACACCCUGGAUGGGAUGCCAGUCCAUCGCUGGGUAGCAACACAUCCACUCACGCACGCUCACUCCCUCAUCCGCUCUCUCACUAAGGGUAAUUUUAAGGUUAAAUUAAGCUGGGCUACAUGUCUCUUUGGACUAGGCGAAAACCCACGCAGACAUGUCACGGGGUGAGAACAUAACUUGACAGACUGUCACUGGUGGUAUGGAACUCGCGUUCUCUCAUACCACCCAUUUGUUCAUUAGAUUUAAAAUGAUCUUUUGGGGAACAAAAUAUUGCCAAUGGUUGUUAGUGGAGCGGAGACCCCCCCGCACUAACAAAGCAGUAAGCAGUUUCUCUUCCGCCUGGGCUCGCGCGCCGCCGUGCUCUCGCGAAAGAGCAAACGCGCCGUUUUCGCGCUCUGCCCGCGUGCUCCUUUAGCGUCAGUGACACGCGAGACCACACCUGUCUGAAGAAUCACGCGAAACCUGCUUUGAGGAAGGCGCAGCGCACACCACCCAUGCUGUUUUCCCUGGGGCAGCUACGUGACUGUACAUGAUCAUGCGCUUCACCCACAAGGCGUCGGCGCUGGCAGUUGUGCUGUUUGCUGCCAUCCUCCUCUCUUUCUGGAUGUCUGUGGACUAUAGAACUGUGGAUCUGCGGUCCCAACCGGGCAGCACGCUGAAGAAGCUGUUUGACCAAAGGGUGCAGUUAUUACAAGAGAGUUACAGUGAGAUUCCCUUCCGAAUAAAGGAGAGUGUACUUGGUCUGCUCCCCCACAAUAGAUGUGUGUGUCAGAGUGAGAAGACCAUUGACCUUCCCUUCUCCAGAAUGCUUUUUCCACGGGUCUCUGCCAAAGUCUUCCAUACAGCUUUCCAGGCCUCCGAGUUGGAGGAGGUGAAACGCCGUAGAGCCGAGGAGUACCAAAGCUUCAAAAAGAGAUCCCAGAGUGCAGCAGACUUCAUCAUUGUUGCAGAAGCAAACAGCCCCUUGCAGUAUCCCACCCAGGGAGUAAAAGUUCAGCCCAAAAAAACCAUCCUCAUUCCAGGCCUUGGCUUAAAAGAACAACCCAAGAAACUUCAUUCAGUGAAUUUGACUUCAACGUUGGGCAUAUUUGAUGUGGCAGCAGAGGUGGAGAUGGUCAAGGUUGAAGGUGUAGGGGAGAAGCACAUAACUUUGUCCAGUAACUUUCUGCCUCAUCUGAACCGACAGCUGCAGUUUGUCACCUACACCAACACGCAUUUUCACCCCAACACAGCAGACACAGUGGAGUUUUGUACUGAGGGCUACACAGCAGUCUUCACGAUCAAAAUCCGCCACAGUCUCAUCCCAAAACUCUAUAACCCAGGUUCUGGAAGAGGGUACAAAAUCAGCAAGCUCGUGACCAUAGCUACAAAAACAUUCCUACGUUAUGACAAACUCCAGGUUCUGAUUGACAGUAUUCGGCAGUUCUACCCCACUGUCACCAUAGUGAUUGCAGACGACAGUGAGCACCCCAAACCAGUGACUGGCCCAUACAUCGAGCAUUACAUCAUGCCAUUUGGAAAGGGCUGGUUUGCUGGUCGCAACCUGGCUGUGUCCCAGGUAACUACAAAGUACGUGUUGUGGGUGGAUGAUGACUUCAUCUUUACCUCAGACACCAAGAUCGAGAAGUUUGUGGAUGUACUGGAGAAAACCACUCUGGACUUGGUAGGUGGAGCGGUGCGUGAGGUCACAGGGUACACAGCCACCUUCAGGCACACCAUCUCUGUGGAACCAGGGGAUGAGGACGGAGACUGCCUGCACAUAAGGCGUGGUUUUCACCAUGGCAUACAGGGCUUUCCUAACUGUGUAGUCUCAGAUGCAGUCAUCAACUUCUUCAUGGCUAGAACAGACAAGAUUCAGCAAGUGGGCUUUGACCCUCAACUGGUGCGAAUUGCACAUCUAGAAUUUUUCAUUGAUGCUCUUGGUGUUCUUCAUGUUGGCUCAUGUAAUGAUGUCAUAGUCAGCCACACCUCCAAGAUCAAGCUGCCGUGGGGCCAGUCAGAAACUGACAAAGCCUAUGCCAAGUUUCGAGAGCCAUCCACCACCACCCAGGUCGCUCAGGACAGAUUGUUUUACUUCAAAAACCGGCUCCAGUGCCUGACAUACAAAUGAGUUUCCCAUCUGUACUGGGUCCCUGUGUUAUAAAUAAUUGAGUUAUUAAUUUUCAAAGAUGCAUCCAUCCAUCCAGUUUCAAUAACCACUUGUCCUGAGCAGGGUCCCAGUGGACUGGAGUCUGUCCUAGAAGCAUUGAGCACAAAGUGGGGUAUACCCCAAAUAGGACACCAGUCCAUUACAGGGUAGCCACACACACACACACACACACACACACACACACA